AGAACAGCCAAAAAAAAACACACUUGAGAAAACAGGGGCGGCAAUGGAUAAGCUCCCCUUCUCCUUCUUCCUCUUCCUCGUCUGCUGCUACUCCCAUUUCGCCUCCGCCCAGUGCUACAAUGCCCUUUUCAACUUCGGCGACUCCCUUUCCGACACCGGCAACGUCGUCCUCGCCGGCCUCCCAUAUGGCAUGACCUACUUCGGUCACCACACCGGACGCUGCUCCGAUGGCCGCCUCAUCAUCGAUUUCAUCGCCGAGGGGAUCGGGCUGCCGCACCUGCCGCCCAACACCGCCAGCAAUGCGAGCUUCCACAGCGGCGCUAACUUCGCCUUCAUCGCUGCCCCGGCCUUGUCCUUCGAUUUCUUCCACCGUCGUGGCCUCAGCCAAGGGCUCCAUGUGAAUGCCUCCCUCCACGAGCAGAUCGAUCGGUUCCAGAAGCUUCUGCCUUCCAUUUGCGGCUCGCCCCAAGGUCUCUCCACUGGCGCUAUCUUUCGCCCAGCUAACUCUCUUCUUGAUUCCUGUAGGAUUCCUCUUGCAGAAUGCAGGGAUUUCCUGAGCAAAUCCCUUCUGGUCAUCGGAGAGUUCGGGGGCAACGACUACAACACUGGGCUUUUCGGUGGAUGGUCCAUCACUAAAGUGAGCUCCUUUGUGCCCCAUGUCACUCGAGCUGUCGCCGAAGGCAUUGAACGAUUGAUUGGCCUUGGCGCUGUUGAUCUCAUCGUUCCUUCGGUGCUGCCGGUUGGCUGCUUCCCCCUGUAUCUCACGCUCUAUCAGUCCUCUGAUCCAACCGAGUACGGCCGCCGGACCGGCUGCCUGAGAAGGUUCAACGCCCUGUCAUGGUACCACAAUGCGGCGCUCCGGCGGCAGCUGGACCGCUUCCGGAAGAAGUACCCGGCUGUAUCAAUUCGUUAUGCUGACUUCUACGCCCAGCUAUUCGACUUCGUCAUUAAUCCUCUCAAAUACGGUGAGUCUCGUGCUUCCAAUUAUUAAUCAUGUCGGCAUGAG